UCAUCAAUUGAUACAUUAAAAAAACAAAAACAUAAAUCACAAUGGCUCCAAAGGUUGCAAUUAUCAUUUACUCGAUGUACCACCACAUCGCCACUUUAGCUGAAGAAGAAAAGAAGGGUAUCGAAGCUGCCGGUGGUCAUGCUACCAUUUUCCAAGUUCCAGAAACUUUAUCUGAUGAAGUUUUAGGCUUGUUACAUGCUCCACCAAAGCCAAACUACCCAAUUGCUACCAACGAAACUUUGGAAGAAUACGACGCCUUCCUUUUCGGUAUUCCAACCAGAUACGGUAACUACCCAGCCCAAUUCAAGGCUUUCUGGGAUGCCACUGGUGGUUUAUGGAUGAAGGGUGCCCUUCACGGUAAGGUUGCCGGUCUCUUCGUUUCUACCGGUACCCAAGGUGGUGGUCAAGAAACCACUGCUUUAAACGCUUUAUCCGUUUUAGUUCACCACGGUAUCAUCUACGUUCCAUUCGGUUACGCUAACGCUUUCCCAUUACAAACCAAGAUUGAUGAAGUCCACGGUGGUUCUCCAUACGGUGCUGGUACUUUUGCUGGUCCAGAUGGUUCCAGACAACCAUCUGACUUGGAAAAGGAAAUUGCCAGAAUCCAAGGUAAGAGUUUCUACGAAAAGAUUCAAAAAUUCUAAAUUAGCUUAUAAAUAGUUUAAUUAGAUCGUUUUUUUUAAAUGUUGAACAAAGAUGUAGUUAUGAAUAAUUGUUUGUUAUUUUGUACACGCAUUAAUUAUAUACUCUUCUGCUGGAUGCUAAAAGAAUCACUCUUCAUCACUGCUCUCGUCGAAUCCAAACGAGAAUGCACUAUUUGAUGCAGGUUCAGUCAACCUUUCCCAAGCCUUACUUUUCCCAUUCUCCUUUUCAUAUGCCUUUAAUUCAAUCUUUUGCAAUUUAACCAAAGCUUCAUCCAAUUGCGAUUCCAUACCAUUAAGUUUUAACAAAUAACCAAACAAUUCAAAAAUGGGCAUGGCAGGAAGAUCUGCUAUUUCUCCACAAUCUUCAUUAACGUCAAUGUUUAACGAGUCGAACACGUCCACAUAUUUCUGGAAUGAUGGCUCAUCGGCUCCAUGCUUCAAAAGAUAGUGUAACGUCAGAUUAAUCUCUCUUGGUCUAAACCCGCUAACUUGGCCCUGUUUAUUCUUUAAGAAAUCCAAGGCAUUGGCUAAUUUUGAAAUAGGGACAAAGUUUUGAGUUAUUGCAAUGGAAUCAUCGAUAUUGAUGACGCUAUGCCACCAUCCACUAGGCACAUACAUACAUUCGCCGGGGAAGGUAACUCCAAUAACACAUUCCGCGAUCUUGAGCGAAUCGUUAAAGAAUCCGGAAAGGACCCAUUCGGCAAUUCCAACUGGUGAUGUGACUUCGCUUUCUUCGUCAUCAGUAGAUACUCCCGGUGGGGUAAUAUGUGGUGGAAGCAUGAUCCAGAGCUUACGUCCAGUAAUGGCUACAUUCCAGGCACAUGUGUAGUUUGGAUCUUUAUGAAACGUGGAACCGGAUCGGGCCGAUCCCAUGAUCAACCAGGCAUGGUCGGGACGACAUGUGAAUUGUUCUUCUUUAGUGAAUACUGUGAAGAGAUCUUGUUGGAAUAUUGCUGGUGGUGUGUAUUCUUUUCGAAGAGUCUGCAUGGCGAUGGAGUUACAGUCGAAGAGAUAGAGUGGGUUUUCGU